CUUUAUUUUGUAAAAUAAUUAUUUUUUAUGUGUUGUGUUGACUGUUUGUUAAAAGAUGGAAUUAGAAUUGGCGGCUGUGAAGCAGGACGCUGACUUGUGCCGGUGCUGUCAUUCUGAGGGGUGCUUCAAAGACCUUAACGAAGAAUAUGUUUGGAUGGAUGAAACUGUAAAUUACGGCGAAAUGUUUCAAGAAUGUUUCAAUAUUACGAUAUUACAAUACCCCAACAGCAAUGGCAUCAACGGAGCCUCCAGGCUCAUCUGCGAAGACUGUGCGGCGAGGCUACGGGAGGCCUGCACAUUCCGGAAGCAAGUGCUUGGCAAUGAGAAGAAAUUAGCCGAGAUGCUUGGACACAUGGAGACGGAAGCUACCUCGGGUGGCGUCAACGAAGUCUACGUGAAGUCGGAGCCCCUGGACUACGAGGACCGUGGCGACACAUUAACACAUAACCCAGAUUUCAAUGAAGAUGCUGAACCUCCUAAGCCUAAGAAACGGGCACGGAAAAAACCCGCCAAACGAAAAAACGAGAAUGGAAACGCAUCUCUGAAACGGGUGCGAUCGAAAACUCCUGAACAAAAACAAAUUGAAAACCUACAAACGAUACUUGAAUUUUCAAACGCUGUUCGCUUCAAAAACAAAACCAAUUUAGGUUACAUCUGCGGUGACUGUGAGUUAACUUUUCUAGAGCCUUCCGUCCUAAGAACGCACACAGAAGAGGUACAUAAGGAAGAUCGUUUAACUUUAGACAUGCAGGCGUUAAAAAUAACUUACAUCGGUGUUAAAUUAGAUAUAACCGAUUUAAAAUGUACGCUAUGUUUCGAAAACAUGGACAGUUUGUCAGAUUUUAAAGAGCAUAUAGUAAACGUUCAUAAUAAGGUAUUUCACUAUGAUAUAAAAGAUCACAUAUUUCCGUUUAAGUUACAUAAAAGUUGGAGUGACUGUGUUCUCUGCGAUUCAACUUACGAAUGCUUCAGAGGAUUAUAUCUACACAUGCAUACUCAUUUUAAAAACUAUAAUUGUAGUAAAUGUGAUGCCACUUUCGCUUUUGAAAAAGCAUUGAGUUCGCAUAUUUAUACACAUAAGUAUAAAAUCCAGGAACAGGACGGAGGAAGUCUAGGUAUCCGUAGUAAAUACAAAGACUAGAUGCGAUUCGUAGGAGGUUUAAUUAAAGACUAACAAACUACAGGUGUCCCCACAUUGGAUAUACAUAUAUCAGAAUAAAGAAGGUCAAUUUGUGUGAGCAUUAUGAGAAAGUUUGUAGUAAUAAAGCUAACCUACAUCAACAUAUCAAAAUGGUGCAUUCAGCUGAAGGCAAAGUGUCAUAUUGUCCGUAUUGUAAGAAGAAAUUUUCUUCUUACUAUAUGAGGAAUCGUCAUUUGAUAGAGGCGCAUGAUUCUGACAUGUUUAAGUGUACAGUUUGUAGUGAACGGUUUGCUAUAAAGGCGGUUUUGUUGCGUCAUAUGAAAGUUGCGCAUAAGAAUAAGAUGUAAACUUUAUGACCCAACUGCCACUCUGCUGUCUGCACUACCAUACACUGUUAUAAAUUCAUGUUGUCAUGUCACUGCCGCGGGAUUAAAAAGACUCGUGGUAUACUCGUGGGCUGGUCCCUUAGCCUUGUUUUGGGGGUACCUAAACCUAAUCCACAUCUUUGGUAUAGACAUGUUUUUUUUUUUUUUUUUAAUUAUAAACUGAUCGGCGAAUAGGACAAUACCAGUCUUCAUUAUUUAGUUGUCUUUGUUUACUAUCUUGCGUAGUUUUAAGUCCAU